AUGGGGCCACAGCACAGACCCUGUCUUCACGCUAUGGUUUUCCAUCCAUUGACUAAUGUCUCCAUUGUCCGCUACCGCAAAGGCGGCAAGAGAUUCGAGAUUGCAUGUUACAAGAAUAAGGUCAUGGAAUGGAGAAACGGCGUUGAAAAGGACCUGAGCGAGGUCAUGCAGAUCGACAAUGUAUUCCUAAAUGUCUCUAAAGGACAAGCUGCCAACAAGGACGAUCUUAUAAAGUGCUUCAAAACAGAGGAUCGUAACGCCAUUAUUCUGGAGAUCCUUAAAAAGGGAGAAUUGCAAGUCGGCGAAAAGGAACGUUCAACAAUGCUGGAAGGAAUGUAUCGCGAUAUUGCCACGACUGUGGCCGAAAAGUGCGUCAAUCCCGAGACUAAGCGACCCUACACUGUGACAAUGAUUGAGAAGGCCAUGGCAGAUCUGCACUUGUCCGUCAAUCCCUCGCGUUCCGCAAAAUCACAGGCAUUGGAUGUGAUCAAGCAAUUGCUCGAGAAGAAAACCAUUCCCAUUGCAAGGGCGCAGAUGCGGAUCAGGAUUAUCGUCCCCUCCAAAGACGGCAAAAGGAUAAAGGAUAAGUUGAUGACUAUGGUCGCGUCCAAGGAAGACGAGGAUCUGGAUGAGAAUUAUGAAUGGACAUGUUUGAUCGAUCCUGGACAGUUCAGACCCAUCAACGAGUUACUGCAAUCAGAAACAAAGGGCAAGGGACAGUUGGAGAUGUUAAGUUUGACGGAAAUGAAGCAGGGUGAUGAAGUGUUCUAA